GGGAAGAGGUCUUCGCAGGCUGCUGUAGGGAUCCCGCCCCUUUUGUGGCUUUUCAUUCUGAAGCUCUCCACAACUUUACACCUGAACGGAUGCCAAGCCUCUCUGAAUAUAUAAGGGAAACGUCCAAGAGCGACUGCAGAGUUCCCGGGAAGCAGCAGCGGAGAAACCUUUCACCGGGCUCCCUCGGAGACCGCCCCAGCCAUGCUGCUCCCUGCCGUGCACUUCUCCGCCUUGCUGCUCGCUUGCAUCUUCGCCAAAAGCUUCUCGGCUUUCAAGAACGAUGCCACCGAGAUCCUUUACUCGCACGUCGUCAAACCCGCUCCGGCGAGCCCCGGCAGCAACAGCACGCUGAACCAGGCCCGCAACGGCGGCCGGCACUACGCGGGCACGGCGCCCGAGCGCGGCAAUCGGGUUCAAGUUGGUUGCCGGGAGCUGAGAUCCACCAAGUACAUUUCAGAUGGCCAGUGCACCAGCAUCAACCCCCUGAAGGAGCUGGUGUGUGCUGGUGAAUGCCUCCCUUUGCCGCUGCUCCCCAACUGGAUUGGAGGAGGCUAUGGAACCAAGUACUGGAGCAGGCGGAGCUCGCAGGAGUGGAGAUGCGUCAACGACAAAACUCGCACCCAGAGGAUCCAGCUGCAGUGCCAGGAUGGAAGUAUAAGAACCUACAAAAUAACUGUGGUCACGGCCUGCAAGUGUAAACGCUACACCAGGCAGCACAAUGAGUCCAGCCACAACUUUGAGGGAACCUCUCAAGCAAAGCCCAUCCAGCAUCACAAAGAGAGAAAAAGAGCCAGUAAAUCCAGCAAACACAGUACAAGUUAGAAGUCAGACAUUCUCUCCUCUCUCAUCUCUUGCUCCUCCUGCCAAAACUGAACUCACCUGUAACCGUUUGCUUUACAGUUCUGACUGCUUAAAGACAAGUCUGCCAUUGCUGUGCUCUCAGCUGAUGCUGCACGCUUAUUGCUUUGACCAAAACCAAAAGGGGCAUUCUCAGCAUAUGGACGAUUUGGGUGAUUUUCCAAGUGCUCAAGAUGGGGAAUAAUACACGCCUUCCAAACCCACACUUUAAACUUCGACAUUUUCUCCUGCCAUGGAGGCAAAGAAAAGUUGCCACGAAUAUUCACUGAAGUCUAUUUUGUAAAAAGAUGCUCUGUUGUGUGUUUUCAUGAGAACAGUUAAUUAUCACGUCUGUUGCCUUCUCUAUCAUGUUUUAUGAACUUCUGACAACAGCUUAAAAUACAACACCUAGUAUCUGCUUUCAGAUUCAUUCUUAAAAAAAUGCCUUGCAUGCUCACCUUUCUUUUAUCUCAGUAUACCAAAAAUUAAAAUAUGCAUGGCAGCAAUCAAAAAGUAAAGCUGAACAAACUAUUUAUUUGUUGUUGUAAUUAUUUAAUGAGCUUUUAUGUGUAUUAUUUCCUUUCAAAAUGUUCCUAUGUUUAUAGCUUUUCUCAUGUAUCAAAGUAUUUUCCUAUGAUUUGUGGCUGGAUUAGAACAUACAUUUUGUAGAUAAUGUAAAAUAGAUGUUUUAGCAUUCUUGGUUUAUAUAUUUUCAUUUUGAACAUUCAUAGACGUAGAUGUUAUUUUGAAGUUGCAAAUUAAAAAAUGUUUUUUUUUUAUCCUCCACUCUGUAUUAUUUUUGUUUAAAAGUGUGCAAUCAAAAGACAGAUAUGACUUCCUUUCAAAUUAAUUUGUUUCUCUUUUUUUUUUUUGUACAAAAAUAAAUACUGCUAAGAAACUG